CUGAGUGCUGGUGUUGCAGUCCUAUUUGCUGAACUUUCUCCUCCAAAAUGACCACAAGCCAGAGUGUUUAUUUUCCAAUUUUCAAGAACAGCGCCAUGCUUAUUCACUGCCUGGCUACUUUCAUUCCCAGCAUUAGAGUGAAGGUGUAACAAGAUAUGGAAGCUGUUCCAGAUCAGUUCAUGGAAUUCCACCCUAUCCAUGGGACUAACGUGCAACUGGACUACUCAGCGACGCAGGCCACGCGGGUGGAGAGCUUUGCUAAUGGAGUGUGCUUCAGCAAACAACCCCUAAAACCAGGAGAGAUUUUCCUUGUUGAGAUUGAGGACAAAGAACUAGGCUGGUGUGGCCACCUUCGGAUAGGCCUGACAGCUAGGGACCCCAGAGACUUGGAGGUGGUUCCUGAAUACUCCAUCCCGGAUCUGACUGACCUGGGCGACAGCUGGGUUUUCGCCAUCACACGUAACCACAACAAGGUUGCGGAGGAGGUCGAAAACGUCCAAGAACCUGGAGAUGGACUACUUGGAGGUCAAAGACUGGGGCGAGGAGAGGUUGAAAAUCAGGAUGAUGCAAUCAGCAAACCAAAGACUUUUUUCACAGAUUCUCACUUGCACAUCGGGAAUGUACGGAUCCCGAGAGACAAGCUGGUUGGCCGCAGUCGGCCUGGGCGCUUCAGCCACAUUUUGGAUGACUUGUACAAGACCAACGCUUUGCCGCCCACAGCCAGACGCAGCCGGAUAGGGGUUCUGUAUGUACAAAAAGGCCCUGAUCUAGGUGACAUGCAUAUCAUCAUUAAUGGGGAAGAUAUGGGUGCUUCUGCAAGAGGCAUCCCCACCAUAGAGCCACUUUAUGCUGUCGUGGAUGUAUUUGCUGCUACAAAGUGUGUGAGGAUUGUGCAGGUGGAGUAUGGAUUCUCCUCCUUGCAGACAUUGUGCAGGAAAUCCAUCCAAAAGCACAUUGUCCACAGAAUGGCAAUUGACUGGCUGGAGCUACCAGAGGCACUGAAGCGCUUUUGCAAGUACGAGUGAGAUUUGACCAAGCUGUAACAACCUGAAAUAUCGAGGAACUUUCUGACUCACAAAGAUGGAGUGAACUGAACUGGGAUUGUUUAGAUACUGUUACCUGCAUGAAGGAGAAGAUCAGAUCUGUGUUUAAUGAGUCUAUUCAUAGCUGCUAUAGAAUGCUUUGAAAACAAAAGGCACUAGAAAAUGAGUGGCAGAAAAAUGUUGACAGACCAGUGAUAGCCUAAAAGGUUUUUGUUUCCAAAUCCUUUUCAAAUAAUAAACAGCAUCAUUUCUUCUUUUCUUUUUUGUAAAUAAUAUGCCAUUUAAAUAAAA